UGCUGCGAACUCGCUCUCCAACAUGGCGGCGUCAGCUAAGAAGAAGAAUAAGAAGGGGAAGACCCUUACACUGACCGACUUCCUAGCUGAGGACAGUGGAGGCAAUGCCCCUGCCCCCAGUUACCCAACCAAGUCCACCAGUUGGGCAGAUGAAACUGACGACCUGGAUGGAGAUGUCUCCACUUCUUGGCACACGGAAGAGGACAUGUACAGGGCGCCGCCUAUUGACCGCUCCAUCCUGCCCACAGCGCCACGCUCGGCCCGCGAACCCAAUAUUGACCGCUCCUGUCUACCCCGCAGCCCCCCAUACACAGCCUUCCUGGGCAACCUGCCCUAUGAAGUCACUGAGGAAUCUAUUAAAGACUUCUUCCGCGGCCUUGCUAUCAGUGCAGUGCGUCUGCCCCGGGAGCCCAGUAACCCAGAGAGGCUGAAGGGUUUUGGUUAUGCUGAGUUUGAUGAUGUGGACUCCCUCCUGAGGGCUCUCAGUCUCAAUGAAGAGAAUCUAGGAAACCGAAGGAUUCGUGUGGAUAUUGCUGACCAGUCUAAUGACAAGGAGAGAGACAAUGGACAUAUGGGUGGCCGGGACCGGGGAGGACGGAUGGCAGACAUGGGUCCCGACAAGACAGACAGUGACUGGCGGGCCAGGCCCUCUGCAGAUGAUGAGGGACCUCCCAAGAGAGACGAUGCCUUUGGAGAGAGAUCACGAGAUCGUUUUGAGUCAGACCGUUACAGAGAUGGGCCACGGCGGGACAAUGACCGUUAUGAAGGAGGAAGAGACCGCUACCGGGAUCGUUAUGAUGACAGGGACCGCAGGGAUCGCUACGAUGACAGAGACCGGAGGGGAGGCUAUGAAGACAGGGACCGCAGGGACUAUGACAGGGGAGGAUUUGACUCUCGCAGUGGUGGCAGUCGUCGUGCAUUUGGCAGUGGUUUCCGCCGCGACUACGAUGACAAUCGGGGUAGCAAUGACCGUUAUGGGGAACGGGAUCGUUAUGGUGGUGAUCGCGAUGACCGUUAUGAUAGGCGGGAGGAGAGGCGCGAAGAAAGAGCUCCGCUACAGAGGCCCAAGCUGAACCUGAAGCCUCGCAGUGUGCCCAAGGAGGAGGAGGAACAGGGUGGGGGUAGCAGCAGUGUCCCAGUAACCACCCAGAGCUCUGGCAGCAGGUCUUCGUCCAUCUUUGGCGGUGCAAAGCCAGUUGACACAGCGGCUAAGGAGAGGGAGGUUGAGGAGAGGCUUAAGAAAGAGCAGGAAAGGCUGGCAAGGCAGCUGGAGGAGGACAAGAGUCGAGGCCUUGACAGAAAGCCACGAGACAAAGACCGGGACCCAAGCUGGCGGAAUGAGGAGUCGCAAGCUGAGCGGUCCCGCACAGGAAGUGAAUCUUCGCAGCAAGGAAGCACUUCUGGAAGAGGUUCCCGGCGUCGAGAGAGUGAGCGCUCUGUGGAGAAUGAGGUUUUCAGUGGAAAAGAAGAUGACCCCUCAUCCCCAGUAGCCUCCUCCCCUCGACCCCCUUCUACCAGUUCCUCCAAGGAGCCACUGAAGGUGAUGCCUGCACCACCCCCAAAGGAGAACGCUUGGGCCAAGCGGAGUGCAGCAAGUGCAGGUUGCAGUGAGGGUGAAGGAUGCUCCCCAGUGUCCCCUAGUGGCACCUCACCUCCCAAACUCAGCUCUUCGAGUUCUGUUGAUGAAAAAGGAUCUGGAAAAGAUGAAAACAAGGCUGACGGUGUGCGUCGGGAUCGUGGCGCCCCUAAAGGAAGAGGUGGGACGGCAGCACCUGCAGCAGGGCGAGGCCGAGGGGAAGUUCCUAACAAGGACCGAAGGAGGGAACCAGAGAGAAAGGAUAACAAAAAAGACUCCAGACCAACACCAGAGCCAAAGAAAUACGAAGAGACCCCAACCCCUAAGUUUAGCGCAGCCAGUAAGUAUGCCGCUUUGCUAAUGGAUGGAGACCAAGGAGAAGACGUUGAGGAUGUUGAAUAAAGAGAAAACAAUGGCAGGAAACCAGAGGGUUUGAAGAGGAGAAAACAGCGGAUGAAGAACAUAAUCAUGAAAUACGGAAAAUGCUCCUCACCUGGAUUAUAUGCUUCUGGAGGGAACAUGACUCCCUCCCAUCCUCCCUUACUCCUCCAUACCUAUCCCCGUAAACCGGCCAGCCCCCUUUCCCAUUCCCCACCCUCUGGACUUUUCAGUUCCUAAAAUAAUAGUCACAUACUGGACUUGUUUUAAAUGGAAAAGAGUAGAUGACACAUUGAAAAAAGAUGGAUAAAUUGAAUUAAUUGUAAUAAAUAAAUGGAAAAAGUGGGGGAAAUGAAUUUGUAUAUUUGUGAAUCACAGGUUUGGUAUAGCGGGAGAUGUAGCUUACAAAUGGAACGUCUUUAUUUUUCUCAGAAUUUGACGCAUUUGAAUUGAAUAAUUCAGUUACACAACGUAUCGAUUCAUCCUAAGCCCAUUUUAUUCAUUAGAAAAUGAUUUAAUCUGAAAUGAUUUGUUAAUCCUCUCUUGGCAAAUGUAUUCAUGCAAAACUAGUAGAGAUUGUCCUAUGUCACUAACGAUAGUGAAUGUUUGAAGUAGUUAAUUUACAAAACAUUUGUCAGUCAUUUAAGCAUCAUUCAACAAAUCAUAAUUGACUAAUGACUGGAGUUGUUCAGAAGUGCAGUGUUGGGUCAUUAGCGGGGCCUGCAGGAAUGGUUGCAUGUCAAGUUGUGAACGAAAACUCCCGUAAGAGUUUAUCACGUGCCAUCAUCAUUACCCUCACAUAUGGUGCAGAUGUUUCAGUAUUUCUACACCUUGUGAUGAAACAAUGACAAAUUAAAGAGUCAUCUCGUCGGCUGUAUUUCCAACCACUCACUUUUUGACACAGCUGUUAAAACGAUUCACCCUGCUUGAGGUGAGAAAGCUAAACAUUUGGGGAGAGGCUGAGGGUUACCUAAGGGAGGAUACUGGGGUUACCAGGAGAUUUCAUCAACUUGUCUUCCAGUUUGUAAUAAAUUGGGGUCUUCAUGGA